UCUCUCUCUCUGUCUUUCUGUUGAAUGUGGUGAAGUCAUAUAUUUCAGACCAGGGUGUUUGCUGUAAUUACGUUUGCAGUCCUGUGAGGUACACUCAGCACUGUGUUGUAAGGAAGAAGAAGAGCGGAAAACACAGCAACACAAGACCUAACCCACUUGUAUUCACCUGAAAGCUACUAUACAAAGAUCAGCAUGUCAAACGUUGGUCCUUCCUUUGGCCUGUCCCGGGAGGUACAGAGUAAGAUUGAUAAGAAAUACGAUCCAGAACUGGAGGAAAGGUUGGUGGAGUGGAUCGUCGCUCAGUGUGGCUCUGAAGUGGGCCGACCCGAGCCAGCCAAGGCCGGAUUCCAAAACUGGCUGAAGAAUGGAUGUGUGCUGUCUGAGCUCAUCAACAGCCUGUAUGCAUCUAACAAGCCGAUAAAGACCUUCAAGGCCUCCAGCAUGGUGUUCAAGCAGAUGGAACAAAUAUCCAUGUUCCUCAAAGCUGCAGAAAACUAUGGAGUCACCAAAACUGACAUAUUCCAGACCGUAGACCUCUUUGAAGGCAAGGACAUGGCUGCCGUCCAGAGGACCCUGAUGGCUCUGGGUAAUUUGGCCGUCACAAAGGACGACGGAUGUUACAAAGGAAACCCCAACUGGUUCCACAGGAAAGCCCAAGAGAACAGAAGAGAUUUCUCAGAGGAACAGCUGACCGAGGGCAAAAAUGUCAUCGGCCUGCAAAUGGGCACAAAUAAAGGAGCAUCCCAAGCUGGAAUGAGCUACGGGAGACCCAGGCAGAUCAUCAACAACCCCUGAAUCUGCGCAGUGCUUAAACACUCCUUCUUCUACCCUCUGAAAGGCCAGCAAGGACCACGAGGAGAAAUGUAACCUGACUGUUUGACAGGCUAAACUGGACCAAAACAGGGACCAAUGAGAACAUGUGCACAUACUUCAUUUUGAGUAGGCCUACACACAUAGAUACAGUGUAAGUGAAGUUAACUGAGCAUUUGACAUAGUAAAUUGUAAAUGAUAGUUUUUUUUUAAAGGAUAAGUCCAGUUGUUUUGAAAGUUUUAACCCACCUCCUAAAAAUCAAAUCAGCUUAACUGCAAACCAAGAUGUUAUGUUUCUUACCUUCCAAACAUCCAGAGGCUUCAGUUUAUUUCAGUUCCUAAUAAAAUCAGCUUGCAUUUCA